GUGGUGCCACCUAGUGCAAAUAAUUGUUGAGUUUCGAGCAUGACACCAUGGACGCCGUAAAGCUCUUACCUGUAUUUAUUUUGUUUUUGUCGAUAUUUUCUGCAGUCCAGGCUGACGAUUACGACUGCAAUGAGCCGCUUCUGGAAUGGGCAAAAUUUUCAGCCACCUCAGCUCUCCGAGAUCGAGGCCCUGAACAGGCAAAAAUCGAUGGGGGCUCGGCAUGGACAUCUGAUGAGAGCUCGUACAACCAGUGGGUGCGGUUCAAGCUGCCGACUCGCAAAAAAGUGACAGCGGUAGCCACUGCUGGCAGGGCACGCGCCAAAGAGUAUGUCACUGAAUUCAUCCUACAGUAUGGUGAUGACGGUGAAAAUUGGAGGUCAUAUGUCACUGCCUCUGGAAUGCCGCAGACAUUUGUUGGCAACUGGAACGGAGAUGACAUCCAUCGAAAUAACUUCGAAGUACCAAUUAUUGCUCAGUACAUCCGAAUCAACCCCACCAGGUGGAGAGAGAGGAUUUCUCUCCGUGCUGAGCUCUACGGCUGUGAUUAUUUGGCUGACAACCUCCACUUCAAUGGCAGCAGCUACGUCCGAUGGGAUGUGAUUCGUUACCCCAUUUCUGCCUCAAGAGAAACCAUCAGGUUCAGAUUCAAAACAAAUCACGCAGAUGGCGCCAUUCUGUAUGGCAGAGGCUCUCAGGGUGACUACUACGCUCUUCAAAUGAGGGACAACAGAAUGCUCCUGAACAUUGAUCUUGGAGCUGGCGUUGUAACAAGCUUGUCGGUGGGAAGCCUGCUGGACGAUAAUAUAUGGCAUGAUGUGGUUGUGUCAAGAAACAAGCGGGACAUCAUGUUCUCCGUGGAUCGAGUUGUUGUGCGGAGCAAAAUCAAAGGCGAAUUUUCCCGACUUAAUUUAAACAGAGACAUUUUUAUUGGCGGAGUGCCCAACCAGCAAGAUGGUCUUGUCGUCAACCGAAAUUUUACGGGCUGCGUUGAAAACCUGUACCUGAAUGCCACAAACUUCAUCAGGGCGGUCAAAAACCCUCCUGAGGAUGAUGACCGCUUCCACUUUGAGAGAAUCAACACUCUCUUCAGCUGUCCUGAAGUACAAUCUUUUCCUGUCACGUUCUUGACACGUAACUCUUACGCUCGCUUGGCUGGUUAUGAGGGUGUCCAAACACUGAAUGUGUCUCUCUCUUUCCGAUCUUACGAAGAAAUUGGUAUGCUGGUCCACCACAAGUUCACCUCUGACGGUUACUUCAUGCUUUACCUUGAAAAGGGAAGAUUGAAAAUUGAAUUGAAGGUCAAUGGGCCCAAAACUAUCCUUGACAACUUCCCCGAGGAAACUUUCAAUGAUGGACGUUGGCAUCAAGUUAUUCUAACUAUGAGUCCCAAUUCAAUCAUCUUGAACGUGGAUGAAAGACCAAUGCGAACCUCGAAACAGCUCAAAUUCUCAACUGGCAGUCACUACUUGAUAGCAGGAGGAAGAUCUGGUUCUCCUGGUUUCAUUGGAUGUAUGAGAAGAAUAUCCAUCAACGGCAACUACAGGCCGCCAGUCGACUGGAAGGAUAAUGAGUACUGCUGCAAAGAUGAGGUCGUGUUUGACUCAUGCCAGAUGAUUGACCGUUGCAACCCAAAUCCUUGCCAACACGGAGGAAACUGCAAACAGAGCUCAAAGGAAUUCUUCUGUGAAUGCGUAGACACUGGCUAUUCUGGUGAAGUUUGCCACAUUUCGCUCCAUCCUCUCUCAUGCACUGCAUACAAGGAUAAAAAUCACGUUGACCAAACCUCCAGGAUAUUGAUUGAUGUCGACGGUAGUGGACCUCUUGAUCCAUUCCCAGUGACUUGUGAAUUUUUCUCUGAUGGUCGAAUUUUAACUCUUGUUGGUCACCAUAACCAAAUGCCAACCAGGGUUGAUGGAUUCCAGGAGCCUGGAAGCUAUAUUCAAGACAUAGUCUAUGAAGCAAGCAAUUUCCAAAUUGAGGCGCUAAUGAACAGGUCAACAAAUUGUCACCAGCGCAUAACUUACAACUGCAGACAUUCAAAGCUUUUUAACUCUCCAGCAACCCAGGAAACAUUCAGUCCGUUUUCGUGGUGGGUGUCGAAGAAUAACCAAAAGAUGGACUACUGGGGAGGUGCACUGCCUGGUUCCCGUAGCUGCGAAUGUGGUAUCUGGGGCAACUGCAUUGACGAGAGAAAGUCGUGCAAUUGCGACGCUGACUUAGACUCUUGGUCAGCUGACUCUGGAGACAUCACCCAGAUGGAGCAUUUGCCAGUGAAACAAAUGAGAAUUGGAGACACUGGCACUCCUCUUGAUGAAAAGGAAGGGAUGUUCACUUUGGGGCCCUUGGCAUGCGAAGGAGACAAUUUGUUCAACAACGUUGUCACCUUCCGCAUCACUGAUGCAAGCAUUAAUCUACCCACGUUUGACAUGGGCCACAUUGGAGAUAUAUACUUUGAGUUCAAGACCACCAUUGACAAUGCUGUCAUUCUGCACAGCACUGGAGAAUCUGACUUCAUCAAGUUGUCUAUCAUUGGUGGAGAUCAACUGCAGUUCCAGUAUCAGGCUGGAAGUGGUUCUAUGGCAGUGACAACUGAUACUUCAUAUCGAUUGGCUGACAACAACUGGCACUCUGUGCUGAUCGAAAGAAAUCGCAAGGAAGCGAGAAUGGCGGUUGAUGGUGUUUUCAAGAGUGGAGUUAGGGAACCUCCCGGUCCAGUUAGAGCUCUCCACCUAACUUCUGACCUUGUCAUCGGAUCUACAGUUGACUACAGAGAUGGAUUUGUUGGUUGCAUCAGAGCUCUGCUGCUCAACGGAGAGCUUGUUGACCUAAAGAAAUACGCAGAAAGAGGACUAUACGGCAUUGCUCCUGGCUGCGUGGGCAAAUGCGAGAGCAAUCCUUGCUUGAACAAUGGCACCUGUUGGGAACGGUUCGAUUCAUACAGCUGCGACUGCAGGUGGACCGCGUUCAAAGGACCUAUUUGUGCCGAUGAAAUCGGAGUUAAUCUCAGGUCUAAUUCGUAUAUUAAGUACGAUUUCAUGGGAAGCUGGCGCUCCACCAUUGCUGAAAAGAUCAGGGUUGGAUUUACCACUACAAACCCCAAAGGUUUCCUUCUAGGAUUCUUCUCAAACAUCACUGGCGAAUACAUGACAAUUGCAGUUUCCAACAGCGGUCACUUGAGAGUCGUCUUAGAUUUUGGCUUUGAAAGACAAGAGCUGAUCUAUCAAGGCCACAACUUUGGUCUUGGGCAGUACCACGACGUUCGCCUCACCAGAAGAGACUCUGGUUCGAGGCUCAUUUUGCAGGUUGAUGAAAACGAGCCCCAAGAGUUCAAAUUCAACAUCAAGCAGUCAGCUGACGCGCAAUUCAACAACAUCCAGUACAUGUAUAUUGGCAAAAACGAAUCCAUGACCGAGGGCUUUGUCGGUUGCGUUUCGAGAGUUGAGUUUGACGACAUCUAUCCCUUGAAGUUGGCGUUCCAGGAAAACGGCCCCGCCAAUGUUCGAUCUGGUGGAGACACACUGACCGAGGACUUUUGUGGAGUUGAGCCAGUCACUCAUCCUCCCCCAGAGUUGGAGACUAGGCCUCCUCCUGAUGUCGACAAGGACAAACUGGAGGCAGCUUACAAUCGCACAAAUUCAGCUGUUCUUGGAAGCGUUUUGGCGCUGAUUUUCCUUGCCCUUCUUGUCAUGCUGCUGCUUAUCGGUCGAUAUGUGGCCCGGCACAAGGGUGAGUACCUGACCCAAGAGGACAAAGGAGCUGAGCAGGCGCUUGACCCUGAUGAAGCCAUUAUCAACGCAGCUACAGGUCACCAAGUGAGCCAGAAGAAAGAGUUUUAUAUCUAAACAAUAGUGAGCCAAAUGCAGACGUUUCAUUGACAUAAUUAUAUUCUGCGCGCUGUAUAAUCCCAGUCAUCGUCUCAACCUCUUUUUUCUCACUGAAGAAGUUAAUUUUUCAAAAUUCAACAGUAUUCAUGAUGUAAGGAAGGCACAAUGCGGUUGUGACAGACUGGCUGACACUGAUAUUAUUACCAUUCCCUAUAUUUCUUAUUAUUUUAUUUCUGCCUUUCACGAACUGGAACUUUUUCUGCUGUUUUCUCUUAGUCCCACGACAGUAUAGUUUGGCUUUUGGAACAUUAAUUUUAUCCAAUAGCUGCAGUUUAUAUUUUUUGAAACUGAUUAUUUUUUAGUAACGAUUCCAUCCAUUUUGAUCUAAAGAUUAAGUGCUUAAAAUAGUUUUAUAUUUACCCAAUUUUGUGUGUAUGUAGAGAGGUAUUUUUUUCAUUCCAAGAGCUACAAAAUAGUUUUUACUCGGUUGAGUUGUUGUUGUGUUUGAAAUAAUUUGGAGUGGAUGGGAAGGAAAGGAUUCAUCACUGAUAAUGUUGUUGAUAUUAUAUAAAUGAUAAAAAAUAUUUGUACUCCUUGAGCUAUAUUUGUAAUUGAGUCAAAACUAAUUCGCUCUAUGGAUAUAUAAUUCAAAAUUAUAUAUUAUGGUUAGGCUGAUGUUUAUAUUUCAAAAUUUAUAUCUGGCGAGAAUUAUCUUAGAAACUAAUAUUUUUAUGUGUAUUUUACAAUCAAAACGCGGGAAGCAUCUUGUUACCUCGUUUAAAGCAAACAAAAUUCAUUCAAUCUGUGAAAUCAUCAUAAAUGAGUUAGAUACUUACCCUAUAUAUAUAGCUUGAUAAAUUUUGGCACUCACAGCAGAGUUUGCGGCGUCUUUGAUUUGCACUUAAAGUGCACCAAAAUAUUGGAAACGAAUCUAGUUGUAAUAUUUUGCCAGGAUAGCUUAAUUAUUUCAAAUUUUUGAAUAAAAACGAGCCAACAGUUUUUUGUUAAGUCUUGUAACAAUAAAAGAAUUUUUAUAAGAAAAUCUUGAUGCAUGUUAAAAGGAAUUGUAAUGCAAAAUAAAAUUCAAAAUAUUUCCAA